GUGGGGGGUGUCUGCACUUGUGGGAGCCUCCCAUGCCUGCCGGGAGCCUGAAGAGGCAGAGACCUCCUACCUCGCCCCCUCCGUGGGGACCCUUUUCCCCACACUUCUUGGUUCCUGUCGGAGCCAAGAUGUGUCGCCAUGGAAACUGCUUGGCAAACGCUGGCAGGCAGAGGCGGCCAACAGCAGCUUUCCUGAUCGAGCUCCGGGCGCCGGCUAGAGCGACAUCGCAGGACAGUGGUGUGAGCAAGCACACCUGGCUGUGGGUGUGACACGCGUGGGGACAGAAGCCAGGUGGCUGCAGGAGGGCGUGCGGGGAGGUUGGGGCGCUCCGGCGUGCGUGCUGCCACGUGUGUGCAUGUGUGCAUGUGCGUGUGGGUGUGUGCAUGCCUGUGCGUGUACCAACGGUGCAGCCGCAUCGGGGCGUGUGUGCUCUGAGUGUGAUGGCCGCGUGGGCCGGUGCAGGGGGUUUGCAGGCAGGGGGGUGUCUGAGUGUCGCCGUGACCUGCAGCAGCACAGCUGCCUGGAUUGAGCACCCACUGUCGGCUGGACAUUGAACCAGGUGCUGACAGGACUGGCAGAGGUGGCUGCUGCCCUCGUCCCCAGCCUGCAGUCCUGGGCGAAGGCCGACGCUGAACAGGGUGCCGAGGACCCAGAAGUACCCAUGCCUGAGGACAUCCAGGACCAGGCAGAGCUGGGCCUUGUGGGCCCUCGGACCAGCGUUCGUCUGCAGGGAGGCCCUGGUAGCCGCUGUGAUCAGCCCCAGGGAAGAUUCUGGAGGAGAUCGUGGCCGUCCCCGGGGUGGCCCAUGGGCAGCAGCAGGAGCUCCCAGGAGUGGCCAGGCCCCGCCCACCCACCAUGCUGCAGUGCAGACAGGCACAGGAGUUCAGCUUCGGGCCCCGGGCCCUGAAGGAUGCCCUGGUCUCCACCGACGCUGCCCUGCAGCAGCUGUACGCCUCCGCCUUCUCCCCUGUUGAGCGGCUCUUCCUGGCCGAGGCCUAUAACCCGCAGAGGACACUCUUCUGCACCCUGCUUAUCCGCACAGCCUUCGACUGGCUCCUGAGCCGCCCUGAGCCCCCCGAGGACUUCCAGACCUUCCACGCCUCCCUGCAGCACCGGAGGCCCAGCCUGGCUCGGAAGCACAUCUACCUACAGCCAAUAGACCUGAGUGAGGAGCCGGUGGGAAGCUCCCUGCUGCACCAGCUGCGCAGCUGCACGGAGGCCUUCUUCCUGGGCCUGCACGUCAAGUGCCUGCCCUCAGUGGCAGCCACGUCCAUCCGCUGCUCCUCGCGCCCCAGCCGGGACUCUGACAGACUCCAGCUCCACACAGACGGCAUCCUGUCCUUCCUGAAGAACAACAAGCCCGGAGACGCGCUGUGCGUGCUGGGCCUCACACUGUCUGACCUGUACCCGCAUGAGGCCUGGAGCUUCACCUUCAGCAAGUUCCUUCCAGGGCACGAAGUGGGCGUCUGCAGCUUCGCCCGGUUCUCGGGGGAAUUCCCAAAGUCGGGGCCCAGUGCCCCUGAUCUGGCCCUGGGAGAGGUGGUGACAGACAGCCCGGAGGCCCCCCUGCAGGACAGAGGCUGGGCCAUGUGCUUCAGCGCCCUGGGGAUGGUUCAGUGCUGCAAGGUCACGUGCCACGAGCUCUGCCACCUCCUGGGCCUGGGGAACUGCCGCUGGCUCCGCUGCCUCAUGCAGGGUGCACUCAGCCUGGACGAGGCCCUGCGGCGGCCCCUGGACCUCUGUCCCAUCUGCCUGCGGAAGCUGCAGCACGUCCUGGGCUUCAGGCUCAUCGAGAGGUACCAGAGACUCUACACCUGGACUCAGGCAGUGGCAGGGACGUGGCCCAGCCAGGACGCAGGGGAGCCAUCGGUGUGGGAGGACACCCCGCCCGUCAGCACCGACUCAGGCAUGUGCUGCGAGAGUGACUCAGAGCCCGGCACCAGCAUGUCGGAGCCCCUCACCCCUGACGCCUGGAGUCAUGCCUUCUCCUCAGGGCUGGAGCCAGAGGAUGGGUUGAGCUCCCUGGAGGCCUCCGAGGCUCCACCUUCACUUGGGGGCCCGGUGGAGGCCAUCAAGAAGCACGAACGGUGGCUGGCCAAGUGCAUCCAGGCCCUGCAGCGGGAAGGGGCAGAGGAGGAGCUGGCGCAGGUGGACAGAGCCGUGGAUGCCCUAGACCGCUGGGAGAUGUUCACUGGCCAGCUCCCAGCCACCAGGCAGGAACUUCCCUGUGGCAGGGACAGUGCGGGGCUGCGUAAGGUCCUAGGGGACAAGUUCUCCUCUCUGAGGAGGAAGCUGAGUGCCCGAAAACUCUCCAGAGCAGAGUCGGCCCCCUGUUCCUGGGACAGUGAAGAGAAUUAACACCGGAGGGCCGCCCUGCCUCUCCUUCCCUAGGAUGCUGGCCAGCACUGUCCAGUAGCUGCCAGGGAUUCAGAGGAAGGGUCUAGCUGGGUAGUGGCUCAGGCCUGUCAUCCCAGCACUGUGGGAGGCCAAGGCAGGGGGAGUGCUUGAGGCCAGGACUUUGAGACCAGCCUGGGCAACACAGUGAGAUUCUGCCACUACAAAAGAAAAAUUUUAAAAUGACCUGGAUGCAGUGGUUCCUGCCUGUGGUCCCAGCUACGGAGGAGGCUGAGGUGGGAGGAUAGCUUGAGCCUAGGAGGUCGAGGCUGCAGUGAGCUGUAAUCACGCUACUGUACUCCAGCCUGGGCGACAGAGCAAGACUGUUUCAAGAAAAAAAAGGAAAGGUUAUUUGGAAAAGCCACAGAACACCCGUCAUCAGGCAGCUCCUUCAACUCUUGUGUCCCAGCCAGCGGCCCUCAGGGGCCUGCACACACGGAGAGGCCUCCCCACUCUGGGCACUUCUCGUGGAGCACAAGGUGGACUGUGUUGGGGGUGGGGCAGAGCCCCCUUGCCCACAGAGGCAGAAGGAAGCAGCAUGUGUCCUGUCUCCUUCCAGGCUUCGGGCCUGCCCCUCAGUUAUUUAUAGCCGGAAGCUGGAGAGGCCAGCUCUGAUGAGGAGUGACCCUGGGGGCAGACAGGCUCCACGCUGCAACCCAGCUUCCAAGGCUAGGUCUCACUGCUAAAGGGGGAGUGACGGGGAUUUGUUUCUGUCUCAAGUGUCAACCACCCGCACACAGGAAGGGUCACUUUCUGUGGCGCUAAUGGCAUCUGACCCUUACGGACUUCACAUGGGCUGUCCGUGGAAGUUAUGGGGUUUGGCAUCUCUUCUGACCAACACUGUAGGAGCUGAUUUGCACUGAGGGCAGGGGCCCCCUCAUUCCUGAGGCGGCUGCCACUCACCGUGGGGAAAGCAGACUGUGGUGAUGUUUUGGGGAAGUUUCUUGGCAAAGGUGUCUGCACUGUCAGUGCCGAGCAGGUGGAGGUGGUGAUCAGAUGGUCUCCUUCCUUUUUUCUUUUGGUCUAGUUCUUUCCAUUGCUGAGAGAGGGGUGUUUUUUCCAUGGCCAGGGCUGAGCAUUUUAUCUGUCUCCUUUUAAUUUUGCUGAAUUUUGGUUCCUGCAUUUUGAAGCUUUUAUGUCCAUGCACAUUUGACUGUUGUGUCUUCAUGAUGAACUGACCCUUUCAUCAUCGUCAAACAUUCCCGCUCAGCCUGCAGUGCAGAGUCCCAGGGAGAGACACUUCCUGUUCUGAGAGUAGAAUCCCUGCGGAGUGAUGAGGGCGGGGUCACAGCAUGCUCUCUCUCCUCUGGAAAGAGGCAAGAACAGGGCAGCUUGGACAUUUUGUGGGUGGGUGGCUCAUAGGGUUUUGGAGGACUUCUAAGAAAAUCCAAAACACAACACGAAAGGUAGAAGGGCUAUGCAGGUGAGGAGGGUGGAGGCUUCCCUGUGAAUCUGACAUUGGUGGAGACUGACUACAGGCUCCUGGUCCUGGUCCCAGAAAAUGCAAAAGGACAAGUAUGUGUGGAUGUCAGAGAAGCAAAGAUGCAGCUCAAAAGUAGCACUAGGACCUUCCUCCAUCCCGUUGUCUUUUGCGUAGCUUCUAAGAGGCACGACAGUGACCUGGGAGGUAACUGUGAUAGAAUGAAGCGGGGAGAGGAAGAGCCAGGCCUUUCAGAAAGUGACCUGGGCUUCCUCACAAUAUGGUGGCUGCCUUCCUAAGGUGGACAUUCUGAGGGUCAGAUGGAAGCUCUGUGGGCUUUCAUAACUUGGCCUCACGUCACAGAAUGUCACCUUUCCUGUACUCUACUGAGGCAGUGACAAGGACCCCACCCUGGGUUCAUGGGGAGGGGAUGUGGCAGAGACGUGAGACAGCAGAAUAUUGCUGUGACCAUUCAUGAACAGCCCCACUCGGCGUUCACUGUGGGGAUUUGGCUGGUGCACCUGCUAGGUGACCUUACCUGUUUUCUGAUUUCCUUCAUCUUCUGCAAAAGGCUCACCACUGGAGUGAUGUUAGAUUAAACAGUGGUGAUAGAACAGCCUGGCUCAGGCUGAGGGUGGGAACGCAUCGGGGUUAUGACCAAAGCCUCUGCGCUGUCUCUCUGUACCCAAGUCCUUUGACCCUUAACUGCGAUGCAUGUCCCAAAAAAGUGCUUUGAAGUGGGAAGGAGCAAACCGCUAAAAAAAAAAAAAACCCUUUUAUCCACAGCCUUUACCAAGUUGCGGAUGGGAGUGAAAUUUUUUAAGACAGCUGUUGGGAGGACUGUUUUGAAAUGCAAUUUUGAGGAAGAGAAAUCAGGUCUCCCUCCUCUUCCUAGUGUCAGCCCCAGGUUUUGUCUGUGUUGCCUUCAGUGGACAGUAAUUUGGGACAUUGCCAGGAAGACGCUAAGGCAGAGGAGAGGUAAUGAGUGCUGCCUUCCCGAGGAAAGUCACAGCGCACGAGUCUUUCUAACCUCCUUAAGCACUGCCAAAGUUGAACUGAGAUGAAAUUUAGAGAUGAUGAUUUCCAAGACACACAGGACCAUGGUUCUUUCAAUUUUUUAAAAUGUGCAAAGCCUACCUGA